AAGCGGACGCGGUUUUUAGAGGAGUCCACCCGGCUUGGAGUCAGUGACAAUAACCAGGGGUAGAGCGGGGCGUGUCCCAGGGGUGAGCCCAGCUCUGCAGCCUUGUGCGCAGUAGAGAGCUGGUCUUAGGCUGGGCACCAUGGCCGAUUUCAGGGUCAGGGUGUCCACCGGGAAGGCCUUCGGGGCUGGCACAUGGGACAAAGUGUCUGUCAGCAUCGUGGGGACCCGGGAAGAGAGCCCCCCACUGCCCCUGGACAAUCUCGGCAAGGAGUUCACUGCGGGCGCUGAGGAGGACUUCCAGGUGACGCUCCCGAAGGACGUGGGCCAAGUGCUGCUGCUGCGCGUGCACAAGGCGCCCCCAGCGCUGCCCCUGCUCGGGCCCCUGGCCCCGGAUGCCUGGUUCUGCCGCUGGUUCCGGCUGACACCGCCACAGGGCGGCCCCCUCCUCUUCCCCUGCUACCAGUGGCUGGAAGGGGCGGGGAGCCUGGUGCUGCAGGAAGGGACAGCCAAGGUGUCCAGGGCAGACCACCAUCCCCUACUCCAGCAACAGCGCCAGGAGGAGCUGCAGGCCCGGCAGGAGAUGUACCAGUGGAAGGUUUACAACCCAGGCUGGCCUCAUUGCCUGGAUAAAAGGACAGUGAAAGACUUGGACCUCAAUAUCAAGUACUCCACAGCCAAGAAUGCCAACUUUUAUCUACAGGCUGGCUCUGCGUUUGCAGAGAUGAAAAUCAAGGGGUUGCUGGACCGCAAGGGGCUCUGGAGGAGUCUGAAUGAGAUGAAACGGAUCUUCAACUUCCGGAAGACGCCAGCAGCUGAGCACACAUUUGAGCACUGGCAGGAGGAUGCCUUCUUCGCCUCCCAGUUCCUGAAUGGUCUCAACCCUGUCCUGAUCCGCCGCUGUCACUACCUCCCAAAGAAUUUCCCCGUCACUGAUGCCAUGGUGGCCUCAGUGUUGGGCCCUGGGACCAGCCUGCAGGCUGAACUAGAGAAGGGCUCCCUGUUCUUGGUGGAUCACGGCAUCCUCUCCGGCAUCCAUACCAAUGUCAUUAAUGGGAAGCCUCAGUUCUCGGCGGCCCCAAUGACCCUGCUAUACCAGAGCCCGGGCUGCGGGCCGCUGCUGCCUCUCGCCAUCCAGCUCAGCCAGUCCCCCGGCCCCAACAGCCCCAUCUUCCUGCCCACUGACGACAAGUGGGACUGGUUACUGGCCAAGACCUGGGUGCGCAAUGCCGAGUUCUCCUUCCAUGAGGCCCUCACACACCUGCUCCACUCACACCUGCUGCCUGAGGUCUUCACCCUGGCUACCCUGCGCCAGCUGCCCCACUGCCACCCUCUCUUCAAGCUGCUGAUCCCGCACACCCGGUACACCGUGCACAUCAACAUGCUCGCCCGGGAGCUGCUAAUCGUGCCGGGCCAGGUGGUGGACAGGGUGAGAGCUGUGUUGGGGUGGGAGUGGGCAGGCCACUCCUUCAAUGUGAGGAAUUUGAGGUCCUGGGGUAGCAGUGGCCUGUCUCCCCGACACCAGUGCUACCUCCUGCUUUCUGGAGCAAGGUCUGCAGGACCCAAGAGUCCCGUCCGUCAGUCCACAGGCAUCGGCGUCGAGGGCUUCUCUGAGUUGAUACAGAGGAACAUGAAGCAGCUGAACUAUUCUCUCCUGUGUCUGCCUGAGGAUAUCCGGACCCGAGGAGUUGAAGACAUCCCAGGCUACUACUACCGUGAUGAUGGGAUGCAGAUCUGGGGUGCAGUGGAACGCUUUGUCUCGGAAAUCAUUGGUAUCUACUACCCAAGUGAUGAGUCUGUCCAAGAUGACAGAGAGCUCCAGGCCUGGGUCAGAGAGAUCUUCUCCAAGGGUUUUCUAAACCAGGAGAGCUCAGGUAUACCCUCCUCACUGGAGACCCGGGAAGCCCUGGUGCAGUAUGUCACCAUGGUGAUAUUCAACUGCUCAGCCAAGCAUGCGGCCGUCAGUGCAGGGCAGUUUGAUGCCUGUGCUUGGAUGCCCAACCUGCCACCCAGCAUGCAGCUGCCACCACCCACCUCCAAAGGCCUGGCAACACGUGAGGGCUUCAUAGCCACCCUCCCACCUGUCAAUGCCACAUGUGAUGUCAUCCUUGCUCUCUGGUUGCUGAGCAAGGAGCCUGGAGACCGAAGGCCCCUGGGCACCUAUCCGGAUGAGCACUUCACAGAGGAGGCCCCUCGGCGGAGCAUCGCCGCCUUCCAGAGCCACCUGGCCCAGAUCUCGAGGGCCAUCCAGGAGCGGAACCGGGGCCUGGUGCUGCCCUACACCUACCUAGACCCUCCCCUCAUCGAGAACAGCGUCUCCAUCUAAAUCCCAGGGGAACACAGGCCCAGAUAACAUCCCUUUGACCACAUCGCUCUAGGAUAACUGGCACCCAGAGAAAAGGACUCCUCGGAAAAACAGGCCUCCAUGUGCCUCUCCUGGGACAACCAGACUCUGUGUAACUCACCCCCACCACCAUACACACACACACACAAAAACAAACAAAAUCAAAACACAGAAAGCAAAAAACCCACCAAUAACAGAGUCUCAGGACAGAACCACUGAGCCUUUUGGAGGCUCUAAGCCUCAAAGUGCCUGCAGAGCCCACCUUGAGGGUUUUGCUAGUUGGUUUUGUUUGGCAUUUUAUAGCCGUGGGGGGAGGCAUAUAAUCCUGCCCGUGGGCCCACUAGCCUCCACUGAUUGGACCUUAUGGUCACCCAACUCAAGGACAGUCACCAAGAAGUGGCUGCCAAAGAGGCCGGGCACAGUGGCUCAUGCCUGUAAUCCCAGCACUUUGGGAGAUGGAGGCAGGAGAAUCACUUGAGGUCAGAAGUUCAAGGCCAGCCUGGACAACAUAGCAAGACUCCACCUCUACCAAAAAAUAAAAAUUAAAAAAC